AGCCCGUUUUCUUGAGCUUUCGUCGCACGGUCACAUUGCCCAUGGUAUUGUUUUUUUCGCAAGUUCAAUUGCAGUUUUUUCGCAACAUAUUUUAAAUUGAAAGCAAUACUCGAGAAGGCCAAUAAAUAGUGCUUUAGCUUUCAGCUCCUCCGCUUGCCGACCGCCGCUCCGGGGGCAACACAUCAUGACCGAGAAGUACGACGGUAACGGUGACUUUUCCACCUUCAACGACGAUGACAACGAUUUUGGCGGCAAGCCACGAAAAUCUGGCGGCGGUUCCACCGGAGCACCCGGUGGCGCUCACAAUGGCGACACCUCGGCCCACGAUCAUGGCCAUCAUGCAGGCGAUUCUGCCAAUAGUGUCCAGAUAAAUGAGAAGGCCAAUGAGUAUAUACGCGAUUGUAUGGCGGAGAGGAAUCGCAUGGAUCGGAAGUUUCCAAUUGCCGAAAAGUUAAUCGAGGGUGAAAUUGAAAAAGUGCAGACCACUGGAAGGAUUCCAUCGAGGGAGCAAAAAUAUGCGGAUAUCUACAGAGAGAAGCCACUACGAAUCUCACAGCGUGUUCUGGUGCCGAUUAGAGAACAUCCCAAGUUCAACUUUGUCGGAAAGCUACUAGGACCGAAGGGAAACUCGCUGCGACGACUGCAGGAGGAAACGCUUUGCAAAAUGACCGUCCUGGGCCGCAACUCUAUGCGGGAUCGCGUUAAGGAGGAGGAGCUGCGCAGCUCCAAGGAUCCAAAGUAUGCUCACCUCAACAGCGACCUGCACGUGGAAAUAUCAACGAUAGCGCCGCCAGCAGAAGCUUAUGCCAGGAUCGCCUACGCCAUGGCUGAGCUAAGAAAGUAUCUGAUUCCAGACAGCAAUGACAUCAUUCGGCAGGAGCAGUUGCGCGAGCUGAUGGAUAGCACUAGUCUAAAUGAGAACGAGAAUGGCAAGAGUGUUUAUAAGAAGUCCUCCCACAUGAAUCCCGGAAACAAUGCCAUGGGUGGCUCGAUUAACACUAUUGCUGGAGUCAAAAAUACAGUGCAUCAUGGUUACAGAGGCUCUCAGCCAUCGUCGUUUAGCAAAAAUGUACUAGCUCCUAAACAGAAAGUGAUGUCUAUACUGGAGAAAGCUAGAACUGCCAUGGAUGAGACUUACGGUCGUGGCUAUGAUGACGGCUUGGGCUACGAUCCCCAUCAAUCGUACGAUAGCUACUCCUAUGGCAGUCACGGUCAUGGGCCUCAUGGUCCUCCCGCUGGCAUUUUAGGCGGUAUGGGUGGCAUUAGUGGCGGAGGAGUACGCGGAGGUCACUACGAAAGCUCGGAUUACGAGCCGGAUUAUGGAAGGCGAGAUUACUAUCAGCACUCGCCUGGAUAUGCAGGCGGCGGAGGAAACGGCGGCCUAGGCACUGGAGGUGGCUCUCAAGCGAAUGCGAUCGGCGGCUCUGGCCUCAAUUCAAAUCACAAUCGCAGUCACGUUAAUAGGUGAAAUUUGCUGGGUCCGAGCACUGUAAGCGGAAUAGCAGGACGUGCUAGUAAUCCAGGAGCCAACAACCAGAACAUGAUCAUUAAAUCCCAAACCAAUAGCACCAAUAACUAUUUGCCCGGACCAGGAGCAAGUGAGUGCCACUCAGGCAAGAACAUAAAUUCAAAUUACUUCUUUAAUGGCAGUAACAAGGUAAGGCUUAAGAUUUGAUUUACAAAUUAUAAAUAAUAAUGUUAUAUAUUUUAGCCACAACAACUACAGUCGCAACCAAAUCUCCCACCGCCGCCAUCAACCCACAACAACAGCAACGGCAGCCAGAGCCAGAAUAUUAAUAAUCACACAAUUAAUAACACCAAUAACCAAAACCAAAACCACAACAAUAAUAAUAAUAAUUGCCACAGUCGCUAUCACCAUGUCGGUGAGAAGAAAUCCAACGAUGUUUCAUUCUUAUCCUCCUAUCCAGUCGGCCAGAUGGAUGGCCAAAAGAGUGCCAACAACAGCAACAAUCACACAUUAGGCAGUAAAAACCAUUACAACAACCACCACACCACCACAACAACCGCUUCAGUGCCCAAUAUGCUAUUAGUAAGACCUGCUAAUCCAUCUUCGCUUCAUAUUGGCACAUUUCCGUUCUUGCCAGUGCAGUUUUUCUGAAUCCAAGCCAUACAAGAACACCAGUAACAACUACAACAACUACAUCAACAUCAACAACAAGAACAACUAACUAAAAGUAGUAGAAGCUUAUUGCAAAAAAAAACAAAAAGAAAAAAAAUCAAUCCACAUCACCAUGAACAUCAUCAACAUCACAGAUACUUUGUACACUUGAAUUCGAAUUCAUAAGAUUUAAAGUAAGGUGGGGAGAGGAGAGGGAGUAUUUACAAAAUGGACAAAAUGAACUUUACAAUAUAUAUACGACAUACAAAACUAAAAAAAAAAGAACAUAUAUACAUAACAAAUAUAUUUAUACAUAUAUUUUUGCGUGCAAGGAGUGUCCUUCAAUGAAGAAGAUGAGGCUGGAUCUACAAAUUAAUACUUUACUUUCACAAUUUCACACUUUCUACCCACAAAACAAACAAAAACACACACGUAUUGAAACUGUGUCCGGUUUUUUAUCUCUAUUUACAACAAAACAGAAACAUCUUAAAGAUAUUCAAUGAGCCUGAAUGAUUAUAAGGAGCCGUAAUUGAUAGUGUGGGGUAAUCAGUAAUUAAGGACACGGCUCAGCUCAAAGUUGAGCUGGGGAUAUUCAGACAUGAAAUAUGAUAUUAAUAUAAUAUGAUAUUAUAUACAUAUAUGAGGUACAGAGCGAAUCCAACUGAUAGAGAAGACAAAGCUAUGUAUAGGAAUAGCCAAGGACUAGCCGAUGAUCGGUCGGUCGAGACAAAAUCUAUGAGAUUAAGUAACUUAAUAGAAUAUAUAAUAAUUAAUACAGAGGGCACAUUUAAACCAUAAUUUUAUUUAUAUAUGCGUAUAUGGCAAAACUAACAGUACAGAUAAAGAAUAUAUAUAUAUUAUAUACACUUACAAAUUCGAAUAUUUACAUAAUUAACUGAGAUCGACUAACCGUAGUUGACACAACAAGUAACAAGUAACAGAUCAACUUUAAAAUACCUUAAACAAGAAUUAUCUAAUACUCGAACUAUCUAAUAUAUCGAAAUACUAACGAUCUACAAAUUAAUAAGAAGAUUCAAGAAUAUUGGAGGUGUGACAGAUAUUUUGAGGGAAUAUCAGAUACUUUGUUUGACAGAGUUUGAAACUAUUAUUUUUCAAAGACCAUAACUUGGGAUCUGAGAUCUUUUGAGAUAUCUGUUACCUCCUUUUAUAUACAAGUUUAUUGUGGAACAAGGUCCAUAAGUGGAUAAUGCUGCAAAUGAUUACUUUAUUAAACACAAUAUACGAAAACAAUAACUGAGUAAAGAGUUAAAGCGAACAAGUAAGAAUAAACAGAAUAAUCGAUUUACUUAUACACAUGUGCAAAGUUAAAAAAUUAAACCAAUAACGUAACUAAAUAAUAUUAAACUAACAAAAACAUAAUUCUACGUACUUAACCCAUCUAUAACCCAUGAGACCACGAGAGUCUCUAUUAAAUACAUAUUAACUAACAAAUGUAAACCCUAAAUAUAUAUAUUUAACUUGUAAUCGACAAUUCAAACAGUUGCCAAGCUCAAUUUUCGAUUUCUGUUCUGUCGAACCCAAUUAGUUUCUAAAUUAAGGAGGAUUACUCAUUGUAGAGCUUAAGUAGAACCAGGAAAGUGUGCCAAAUGUAUGUGGGAGGGCGAUCGAGGAGAUCGCUUCCAUUAUUUGAAAUUACCAAUUGAAAUGCCAAUUUAUAUAUGUUAUUAUUUUCUGUAAUUGUCUUAAUUUCUGAUCACUUGAAGCAAAUAAUCUUUAUUUUACUAACGCCAUUAAAUAAAUAAUACUCGAAUAAGAAUAUAAAUCGAAUAUCUUGUCCAAAAAAAAAAAAGAAAUGGAAAACCUUAAGAAACAUUUACUUACAACCAUGUGAAACGUUAAAUUGUUGAAAACAAUUAAAAUCUAGUUUUUAUGGAAUAUCAGUAAUAAAAAUAAUACAAAUGAU